AUGAAACGACUUCAGCGGACGCGGAAACUGCGAGCCGCGGCUCUCAGUUUGUACCAUACAUUUCAAGACCAGGGGCAGCAGACUUCCCAGAUCGAAACACAUUUCGCUGGCUCCUACGAUCCGUUUGACACUCUUGCCAUCCCCCGCACCUCUCAGAUCGACGAGCUGCUCCAAUUUGACCGCACAUAUCUCUCCCCGGCUUUUGGAACUUCGAAGAUUCUUCUCCAUCCAUCAGCCGCGUAUCUGCAAGACGAACUGGCCGCAUACGGGUUCUUGGCUCGCAUUGCAGCGGUCAAGGCACGUUGCGACCCUCAUCCAGAGGCUUUACACGUUGUUCUCAAAUUGAAAGCAAAGGCGAUGCAGAAACUCCGGUUAAACCUUUCUCAAGCUGCCUUUGCUUGUCUUCCACGAGCAGUCAUGUCUCUUCUGUACGCGGAGACGUGGUGCCACAAUCUUGAAGCUGUGGCUGUUCACCUCCGGCUGCUAGAGGUUAUCAACAACCAUUAUGGAUUGAAGAUCCAAGAUCUCAUCUGCAUUCUCCACUCGGAUAUCCAACGCGCUACCUUGACGCUAGAAAGCCCGCUCUUUAAGAUGGACAGCAGCACUUGGCAUAUCCUUGAGGCAGACUAUUUACCGUUUCUACGGCAUCGGGCUGGCACCUCUGAUGGCGUUCAAUGGCCUCCACGCCAGCCUCUUCUGGAGAUGAAGAAAGCUCUUGCAGCCUUGGACGUACUGAGAACAUCCGAGACAUCCGAGACGGCCCGACAGGCGGCCACCAUUAAAUUCCUUCACCUCAUGAGAACCCUUCUGGUACAGUACAACACGAGCUCUGAUAAUGUCGAUCAAUACGUGGCUUUGGCAGCUCUUUACCGGCUUCGUUUAGAGGCCAAUAUGGAACGGAUACCCCUUUUUCAGAUCACCGUUUUCGAUGCAGGAAAAGUUAUCCUUUCGAGACUUAAAGAGCUACUGACCGUGGUAUCGAAGGACCCACCCGAUGUACGGCUGUGGGUUUUAUUUGUGGGAACGAUGUCAGGAGACAGUUGGUUCGAGAAGGAGUUCACGAUACAAGCAGAAGCCCUAGGACUCGUGAGCUCAGCCGAUGUCAAAGCGGUUUUGAAUGUCUUCGAGCACCAGGAUUUGCUAGAUUUACCGCUCUCUGCGUGCUCGAUACUUCAGGGUGCAGGAUAA